AAACACUUCUGUUCUGACCAAAGCGACUGACAAGUUGAGUUACAGGUUAGGAUCUCUCAAGGUGAACUAUUUUUUUCGUAGUUGAGUCUAGGGAUUAUGUCGAAUAUAUAAUACAAACAAGAACAAACAAAACACGAAUAUUAAAAAUAUUAAUGAGAAAUACUGUUGACUGUAUAAAAGUAUAAAUUCGAAGGAAAUAGAAGCGUUAUGGCGCAUAUCUGCUUCACAGGUUUGUGUGUCCCCAAUGGGUAUCAGAAAGUCUAUUGUUUUUAACCUCACCUGUUAUUCUACGAGGAAAGUGAUGGUAGGCUACAUCUAUUUACUGUGGUUUGUUUGCCAUCACAGGGUCUUUUCAGCAGUUAAACAAUGAAAUAUUCGGGUUUACCAGUGGACAAUGCAAUGUAUCCUGCAAUUUAGUAUUACUUCGCAAAAGGUGACGCCCAACGGGACAGUCAUUCUUUUGUCGCAUAUCAGAUUUCCCCAGUCACCUUACCACGCGCUCAUAAAAUUGACCUGCAGAAGGCUACUGCGUCUGCGCGACGAAUAACUUUUUAAAUACCCCAGUCAUGUGACUCAACAAAACGCAGCCAAUCCGUGACGGCUCAGAAGGAAUGGCAAGCGAAGCCAUCGCAGCUACUGGCAAAAUAUCGACAAUUCGUCAACCAACGGAGUUCGGGAUUUGCCGUAUCCGUGACCUUUGCGCAGUAUUCGCGGAAUUGAUUGGGAGUCGCUGCGCACCGCGGAGUCAGGCAGAGGAGGAGACGGACAGAAGGAAAACAAAGAUGGCUGUGUAGUCCGUGAGGCGAUUUUAAGCACAGUCGCAAUACAGAGGCUUCUCUAAAGGUCUGUCAGGUCCGAGGCUUCUCGGGCAGGCCGAGAAGAAAGUCGGGGAUCGAAGUGCUGAACCAUAUCGCUAGCGGGCUGCAGGGAGGGCGCUGUCAUCGCGGAUAAAGCCGUCAGCAGUACGUCAGGGGCUGUUUUGUUCCGAGCAGGGUAAAAUACUUUGCUGUUUUUAAAGGCUGAUAGCUUGAUCAACUUUUAGUGUAAAUAGAAUAAACGCCACACAUUUACGCAGACAGGCCGCCGGACGGCCAGCUAAUUCGCAAACUCCGGGCCCCUAUUUUAUCGGCUUUCGAAAUUGUUUUUAACCCGAAGCUGAAUAUUACGAAACAAUCGCUCAGAUACCGAGUUAGCUAGCAGGCUACCGCACGUAGCUCUGUGAGGACGCUGCUAGCCGGCCGCCCGUAGCCAGAUAAAGCUCCGCUCGGGUCGGAAGUUGGGCGGGGGGAUCGAGCGACAGAUAUUUUAUCGAGAAGCGAGAGACACCUCGAUGUCUUCCCUGGAAGAGCGGGGAGACGUAGGAGUCGGGGCAGCUGCCGGCUCUUCCUCGGCCAGUGUAGGUGUCGGUGCGGUGGGUGGUGCCCUGGAAGCUGUCGCGGGGGGGCCCGUGCUGGCCGGAAUGCAGGAGGAGGCCGGGCUGCGGAGAGAGGGCUCCGGGCCCGAGUCUGACCCGGACGCGCCGCCCAAGAAGCGAGUGAGACUCCCGGAAGGCGAGUCAGGGAAAUUGGAGGAGAGAUUGUAUUCCGUACUCUGCUGCACGGUGUGCCUAGACCUACCCAAAGCGUCCGUCUAUCAGUGCACGAACGGCCACCUGAUGUGUGCUGGCUGCUUCAUCCACCUGCUGGCGGACUCGCGCCUGAAGGAGGAGCAGGCCACCUGCCCCAACUGCCGCUGCGAGAUCAGCAAGUCGCUGUGCUGCCGCAACCUGGCGGUGGAGAAGGCCGUCAGCGAGCUGCCCUGCGACUGCGGCUUCUGCAUGAAGCAGUUCCCCCGCAGCAGCCUGGAGCGCCACCAGAAGGAGGAGUGCCAGGACAGGGUGACCCAGUGCAAGUACAAGCGCAUUGGCUGCCCGUGGCAGGGCCCCUUCCACGAGCUGACGGCACACGAGGCGGACUGCAGCCACCCGACCAAGACUGGCAACGAGCUGAUGGGCAUCCUGGACGAGAUGGACCAGUCGCACCGCAAGGAGAUGCAGCUCUACAACAGCAUCUUCAGCCUGCUCUGCUUCGAGAAGAUCGGCUUCACAGAGGUGCAGUUCCGGCCCUACCGCACGGACGACUUCAUCACCCGCCUGUACUACGAAACUCCCCGCUUCACAGUGCUCAACCAGACCUGGGUGCUGAAGGCACGUGUCAACGACUCGGAGCGCAACCCCAACCUGUCCUGCAAGCGCACGCUGUCCUUCCAGCUGAUCCUGAAGAGCAAGGUCAACUCGGCCCUGGAGUGUUCCUUUCUGCUGCUGAAGGGGCCCUACGACGACGUCAAGAUCAAACCUGUCAUCUACCACCACGUCUUCAGCAACGACACCAACGAGACCGACUACGUGCCGCUGCCCAUCAUCGAUUCCGUGGAGUGCAACAAGCUGCUGGCGGCCAAGAACAUCAACCUCCGCCUCUUCAUCUUCCAGAUACAGAAGUAAUGGGUGGAGGAGGAGGAGGAGGAGGAGGACGACAGUUGGGGGUUUGGAGAAUAAAGGUAGUUGUUUGGGUGGGUUGGGGUUAUGAAAUGGGGUAGGGAGGGGGGGCGUUGAAUGGUUGACCCCCCCUCCUCAGAAAAAUAGGCUGCUGCAACCUUCAACACAACCAGAGAAGUGAAGAUUAAAGAGGCAGCUGAGCACCACAGAAUCACAUUUAUCUCUGUAUGAAAGUGUGCGAGCAUCGUUCCUGCCUGGAGUCUGGCUGGGGCCUUGAGCAGCUGGCCGGUGGCUGGGCGCCGUGGAGACGGGGGUGGCAUUAAAGCACAGCGGCUCUCCCCCCGCCUCACUGGCGCCUCGUCCAUCCCGCCCGCAUGGGUACACAGAGCCUUCUGGCAGCGGAGCUUUCACCUUCACACUCUCCGCCUGUCCCGGACGUGCACGCGUGUGGCCGUGUGUCUGAGCGCCGCCCAAGGAGCGGGUCCCGGGGUCCCACCCCGCAGGGCGAACCGCGCUCCGUCACAUGUUAGAAUGUAUCAUUUCAGUAGACAUGAAUUCCGUCUUUAUUUUAACCUUCACCGAAGACACGGAUCCUUCUCCGCGCGAGCCAGAGCGUACCUGUCCCCCUCGCCCCCUCGCCGCCCCGUCCCCUUCCCCUGUUGGGUUGGAAGAUCCGGAAAAAAAAUGAAGACUAGCACCAUGCUAUUUGGGUUUUUAAAGUAGGGAAGUAGACCUUCGCUCGGCCCCUCACGUAAUUAGCACAAAUGUUUACGUGUCUUUGCCGAGAGCUGGUGUGGGAUCGAGAGUGACUGAUUCACGUUGCUGGGUUACCUGCAGUGACAGAUGGGACAUCAGGUCCUUACGCUAGAAGGGUAGAACAUCAACGCCUGGGAGGUGCUCUGAGCGGGGAGCUUCACCCCGUCUCUGUUUUUACAGUAAUAAAGCAACCUUCACUUUUUCUGUUUUACUGUGUCGGAUACAGUCUUAUACAGGGUGGGGGCCAAAUCAGGUGGGGUAUAGGCCAAAACAUGCAGAACCUAAUGGCGGCAUGUAAGCUGUGGUGAUGUGCUUCAUUCUGAUUGGAAGAAUUUGAGGAUUGACAAUUGUUGUCCAUCCUGAGCCCUCCUAAUGGGGGGAGGGUCCCUCUCUGUGAGUACAGCAAGCCAGCCUGCAGGAUUUGGCGAGCUGAGGCCUCCCCAGUAAUGUGUUAUUGGCUCGGCGACCCCCCCUAACCCCCCCCCCCCCCCGACUACAAAUCUACAAAACAAAAAAAGUCCUAAAUUAAGUGUGUCAAGUUAUAGGCCUUUUCCCACAUCAUGUUUUAUUUUAAGAUGAAAAAAAAUAUAUAUUUUAGAAGAAUUCUCCAACCACACGUGGCAGGGAUCAAACUGCUGUUUCUGACCUGUGACCUUCUGUACGGCGAGAGAAACUUAGUGUGCAUAAUUUUAGUUUUCUUUGAAAAAUAUACUUAGAAGUCUAUAAGCUAACUUGUCUGUUUUUUUUUUUUGUUUCUUUUUAACCUGAGUAUUUAUGUCUGUGCAUUUUUAGAUCGGUUUCCGGUACCUUUUCCUUCGGAUAUCUGCCCAGAGCCGAUGUGUUACUAUCAGUUUGCAUAUUUUUGUUCUUUGAGGAACAAUCUGUGUAUUGUAUUAAAUUUACAGUGAUCCAUACUGUGAAAACA